AUGGCUUUCCUUCCUCCCUGGGCCUGCAUACUAGUUGGCUGCUUUUCUGUUGCUUUAGCAGAAGUAUCCAGCCUCUCAGAUCUGUAUCCCCCUCUGUGGAUGGACAGUCCUGGUCAGUUCAGUGGCUACAGGGUGGAGAAUGGAAAGUACAUUAUUGACCCUUGGGUAUACCCGGAGAGGUUGGGGAUGUAUAAAAUCCUACUGAGCCAGACAGCCAGAUAUUUUGAAAAAUUUGCACCAGGAAAUGAACAAAAUCUAUUAUGGGGAUUGCCCCUACAGCAUGGCUGGCAAUAUAGUACAGGCAGAUUAGCUGAUCCCAGCCAGAGGACAGACUGUGGCUAUGAAUCUGGAAAUCAUCUGUGCAUCUCUGUGGACAGUUGGUGGGCUGACAUGAAUUACUUUCUCUCUGCAUUACCCUUCCUUGCUGCCGUUGACUCUGGCAUAAUGGGGAUAUCACCAGACCAAGUCAUGCUUUUGCCACCACCCAAAAUUCAGACGCGCUUUUGUCUUACUGUUGCUACUUGUCAGUCAUCCUUCCCUGUGUUAAUGAGAAAGUGGAAUGCCUUCUACCAGCACCUGAAGUUACCUUCUAGUAGCUUUGAGGACUUGUUGAAGUACUUAUGGGAUGCUCAUGCCUCAACCUUGGAAGAUCUUCACAAAACAUUUGAUGAUAGGUUGGAAUAUUAUUCUCAACCAGAAGCAUAUUUUGGAAAAAGUUGGUCUUGUGCUGUAGGAUAUAUAGCUGUAGUCAGGCUUCCUACAAACUUGACUUUAACACAUGAUUUCCAGAAGUCUCUGCCACCACGAAUGCUUGUUAAUGGGGACAGGGCCCCCGUCAUCAGUGACUUUACUGAACUUCAGAAUGCAGUCCUGUUUGGCUUAAAUCUUCUUCAUGAAGUAGAUAACUCUACAGGGUCAUUAUCUUUGGCUAUAUGGAAAAUUUUAAUGAGGACACAAGCUGCAAGAAAGUUAGUUCUAGAGUUUUUAAAAGUAAUUCUUGAAAACUAUAAUCCAACACUUUUUGGAAAUGAUUAA